AUGGAAACCAGAAAGGAGAUGGUGCUGUUUCUGGACGGAGUUCAUCUUGGCCCUCUGGCUGGCAAGAGGGCGCCUAAUAUGGCAGAGGCCGUGGGGGCCCCGGAUCCACAGGACAAGAUGAUGCCCAGGAUUUGCUUGAGCCCUAGAGCUGCCUCCUUGUCCUCCCGGGAAAAUGGAGGAGCGGGAAGAGAAGAAGAAGAGGAGGAAGUAGAAGUCCGACCAGCGUCAGGGACCGUCCCAGAGAACCGCUCCGCAGCAGCAGCACUUCUUUCUGCUAAUCAGCAGACCUCCCUCCACCGCCUUCCCCCCACCAAAGCCCACCAAAGCAAUUCUGACACCGAAUCGGAUUUCUAUGAGGAAAUCGAGGUGAGCUGCACCCCGGACUGCGCCCCUGACAACGCGGAAUACCACCUCCAGCACGGCAAAGGCGAUCUCUCCAAGGGCAGCGGUGGCGCUGGCAGUGGUGGUGGAGGUGGAGGUAGUGGAGGUGGUGGAGGUGGAGGUGGAGGUUCUCAGGGGUCGCUGGCUUGCAGCGCCAGCGAUCAAAUGCGCCGUUAUCGCACCGCCUUCACGCGGGAGCAGAUAGCCAGGCUGGAGAAAGAGUUUUACCGGGAGAAUUACGUAUCCAGACCCAGGAGAUGCGAGCUGGCCGCAGCCUUAAACUUGCCCGAAACCACCAUCAAGGUGUGGUUCCAGAACCGGAGGAUGAAAGACAAGAGGCAGCGCCUGGCUAUGACAUGGCCCCACCCGGCGGAUCCAGCUUUCUAUACCUACAUGAUGAGCCACGCGGCGGCCACCGGCAACUUGCCCUACCCCUUCCCCUCCCACCUGCCCCUGCCUUAUUAUUCCCACAUGGGCCUCGGAGCCGCUUCGGCCGCAGCCGCCCCCUUCAAUUCCCCCCUGAGGCCGCUGGACACCUUUCGAGUCCUGUCCCACCCGUACCCGCGACCAGAACUGCUAUGCGCCUUCCGACACCCCUCUCUCUAUGCCGGUCCGACUCACGGGCUGAGCGGUGCCGGAGGGAGCCCGUGCUCCUGCUUGGCUUGCCACGGCAGUCAGGCGAGCGGGCUAAUCCAGCGGCCUUCGGGAUCGGACUUUAGCUGCUCGGCCACCACUCGGACGGACUCCUUUCUCACGUUUACACCUUCGGUGCUGAGCAAGGCCUCCCCGGUCCCGCUAGACCAGCGCGAAGAAGUCCCUUUGACCAGAUAA